ACAGUGCUCAUUGAAGAAAUCGCACGUCGACAAAGAGUUUUCUAGUGAUCUAUUUUCAAGUCCAGGAAGCCCAUUUUUCAUGCUUCCAAGCCGCCCCUAAAUGUACUUUUUUGUGUUUACGACCAAUCGAAAUCGCCAAUGGCAGAUUCUGGUACUCAUUUAUCAUGUUUAUGUAGACUGGAACAGAGAUUAGGCCUACCACAGCUGUGAACAUCUGCGCAUUCAGUACUGGAAUCAAUCAGCUAACAGAACCAGCAUUCGCAACCAUGGAAUGGAAGAUUGCAGUGGAUAAAGCAGUACGAUGAAGUUUCUCUGUUGACAAUAACGAUUAAUAUGAAUUACGAUAUGAGUUUUAAAUUACUGCUCCUGUUCAGGCACACUGGAGUGGAAAACUUUCGAGGACAAUACACACAUUGCUCAUCUUGUUGGAAGAACACAAACGAAGGGACCGAGCAGGCUUUUCAAAUUAUUUCUGGUAUUAGCAGGAAUGAAAAUGACUGGAAUCACGCCAUCUGUAUAUUUUGAAAGUGUUGCGUUCAACUGGGCCUUAUCAUUGCCAGACUUUUCUGAUCAGCACACUACGUCAAUCCUAGCAUGUGCUGUCCUGUGCAGUCAACUAAUCUGUUCGACAGUCAAUAUGCUGGAAGAUGAGAAACGUGUUUGUCAGCUGAGUAAGAAGAAGGGAAAGUGUAUGGAGAGGGAUGAGGCGUUUAGACAUGCAAGCGCCCGCAUGUACCAGAAAAAGGAUAUUAGAAACGUCAUGUUCAUCAACGACAAGACGGUACCAUUCAAACCACCGCUUAUUGUACAAAGAAAUCGCGGCGCUUGGUAUUUCGACAAAAAAUCAGGCAGAAUAAUACUUAUCACAUACCCAAAAACAAACCCAUUUUACAGUCUAAUGGUCUAUAAACUCGGUAACGGUUCAUAUGAUAUUCAGUACAAGAGCACAUUCUACCAGAAGCUUCAACAUUACCAUACUGAAGGAAACUAUCAUCAGUAUAUAACUUUAUCUUUAUUAAAUCCAAAAACAAAAAGAUCCAUUAUCUAUUUCUAUGAUAUCGUCAAGGGUAUUUGUGCAGGAGUAUUCACCAUUCCAAAGAAUGACGCUUGCAACCGGUUUGGAAUUGCACAUCCAGUUAUUGGGUUUCAAGAAAAAGUACUAAUAGUUUGUAAACAACGUGCUCACCUAAAAGCCACAUUAUAUGACUCAGUCGAGUGCAACCAAACUGGUAGCUUUCAGCUUCUCUUAAGAAACGGGUCGACAGUUGAUUUGAAAACGAUGCCUUUUGUUGUCAAUGGCAACAUCUACAAGAUAGGCGUUCUUCGCGCAUAUUAUAUUGUUUCUUACCGGAAAAGAAAUAUGUAUGAUCCUGUGUAUUACUUGAUCAAGAACAUGAAACAACUUGACCCUGGCACCGAAAAUAUAGAAUUGCAUUUUAACCCAUGGUCAGGAAGUCUAAUACUACUCGGAGUACCUGGACCGAGUGCCAUUGGAUUCAAUGAAGUGUACAAACCGAAGCAUGGGCUUAUUAACGACGGUUAUGACGGACGUGGUAAAAUGGCAUUUAGAGAAUUCAAAACAAGUUUUUCUCAUCGCCAGAAGUCCGACCGCCUCACAGCAAAUUUCAUGUUUAACCCAUCUGACGGGUCAUUGUUGCAUCUAUUACGAGUUCCAACCAAAGCGGCUAAAAUGAACGAAUAUCUCACUUCUGUUGUGGUGUACAAGUUAAAAAUAACUUCAUAAAUCAUAUAACGAGGUCCUGUAGUUGGAUCAGGAAUUGAUACCAAACUGAAGGUAUUGGUUGUCUCACAAAACACCGUUAGGGUGGUGGAGCUAAAACGAAGAUUUAAACGGGGGCAGCAGCCAAGGUUUUGUCAAAAUGAGAGCUCCAUCUGAGCGGCAUUACGUGAGACAACCUUACCAAUAUCGAUCGUGAUACCGAUAUUUAGGUAUCAAUUUCUGUUCUAAAACCUCUAAUGAAACUGAACUGAAAUGCUUUUGGCUGCUUAAAUAUGUUUCACCAACCAAAGCGGUUAUGGUUACCUAACCAGAGCAGCUGUUGCCAGAACGAGGGACAAUGCUUCAUACACUGUAAGCAGUUUCACACGGUAGCCAUGUUUCAGAGUAGGUAGCCUGCUUGACCCGCUGCAGUUACGCAUUAUCCGCGACAACUUACUACUUAUGUUUUCAUUAGCUUCAAUUUUCACUCUCAGGAGAGCCUUGUUUUGAAGUACAACUUGGGUAGAAAAUUCAAAUUCAUUCCACCAAUCAUAAUAGAUAGAAAGGAGCUUCAUGUUAGUUUCAGUAUCAACCACGUAUUCGUUAGUUAUCGUGAAGAUCCUGUGCCUUGGGUACGACUUCUUUUCUUUAUUGCAAACCAGAGCGAUAAAACGUACAGAUUAUUGCAUAACUGCUCCUACUUUACCACAAACCAUGUUGUCAUUGAAACGUUCAUAAAUGUUCAUUAUAUAUUUUGGAUUCCACAUUUGAUCAAACAUAAAACAGUCAGCGUAAUGAAGUUAUAUAAUAUUUUAGCCUGCAAUAUCACUGGUCGUCUGAUAAUUCCCACCACAGAGAAAUGCAUUCCUGGUUUAAAGAAGGCAUCAGAUAUUUCAGCAAUUUUCAUGCCCUCUCAAAUCAGUACUCUGAUAGCCUUUUUUUGUGAAGUAAAGAGUUCACGCACUUUUUCUUUGACCAUGUACAAAAUCAUUACAGGGUAUAAAGGAAGUGAAAUGAUAUUGACACUUUCGCUAAUUAACGCUUGUAAUUUAGUCCAACAAUGGAAAGGGUUCGUUGACCUUUCCUUUCAAUUUGCUCUUGAAUUGGACGCUUCCCUGCUUUUUGUGGAAUCAGGUCAACCUCUUGAAAUGUUUAUACUUCGCGACAUCCAUGGUAUGAUGGUGAGACAACCCUGGACCCUGUCAAUUACAGGCCGAAUUCUAAAGAAAGUGGUAACAAAUGAGUUAUUGGGAAUAGUAGUUUAUUCUUUAGAUUCAUCUAGAUCUCUUAUUUGUGGAUUCCAAGUAAACUGCCAUUCAAGUAAACCAUUAAGUCCGAACAUCAACAAUGAACCUGCCCAAAAAAUAUGUCUAAUGAGUAGGUUGCCUGUGAGAGAUUUUGGCAUGCUGCAAAUUGACAACAACUUGAAUUUGUUAAAGAUAUUAAGAACUUCACAUCAUGAUAAACAUCACCAGCAACAUGUCGCUGUUAUCCAGUACCGCAGAAUUAUCUGAAUGGCUUAAUUAAGCUCAGAAAGUUAUUUUCUCAGCUCGAGCACGGAACCUAGAUGAUUGUAUAAUUAUAGUGUCCGUGCCUACUAAAUACUAACUCAUAGACAUAACAAAGUUUCGUCAUUCAUCGUUGUUAUUUCCGAUGCACUUAUUCAUUCAUGAGAAAUGACUGUAAGUGUAUUGAUUUAUUGGAUUAGAGCACAAAGUGUCAUCGAUGCCGUCAACCUCACAGCAAGACCUAGGUCAACCUGACUGGUUAGAGUGACACUCGUGAGUAUGAUAUGGGUACUCGUGAGGAUGAUUAAGGGUACUCGUGAUGAUGAUAAGGGUAUUCGUGAGUAUGAUAGGACACUUGUGAGGAUGAUAGGACACUCGUGAGGAUGAUAGGGGUACUCGUGAGGGUGAUAUGACACUCGUGAGGAUGAUAAGGGUGUACUCGCGAGGUGAUAUGACACUCUUGAGGAUGAUAGGACACUCGUGAGGAUGAUAGGACACUUGUGAC